GAAACCAAUGUAUGGUUUAAAACAGGGAGUAGUUAUUGACCAUUAAGCAUCAAUUUGGACAAACCAUUCAGGUUUUCUUCAUCCGUUCAUACUAAGAAUUUGCGUGUCACAUCAAAAUCUUCAUUAUCACUUUUGAGCAGUGAUUGAUUCCUGCUUAUAAAGGAAGAAAUAAAGAAAUUUGAAUUUACCUUAAGAAAUUUGUAGCCAUGAAAACAUCUCAUGGAGCCUUUAUUUUCCUUCUUCAUGUUCUGCUUUUCUCUUUACAUCCACUGAAGAUCACGUCGUCUGCAAGAACAGAAGCAGCGGCUCUUGUGAAGUGGAAGAACAGCUUGUCUUCUCCUCUUCUGAAUUCAUGGUCCCUUGGAAAUCUUCGAAAUCCUUGCAUAUGGACAGGAAUUCUCUGCAACAACGGGGGAUUGGUUUCUGAGAUAAACUUAUCCAAUGCAAGCCUCUCUGGGACCCUUGACCAGCUUGAUUUUAUUGCAUUUCCAAACCUGACGAGACUCAACCUCAGUUUCAACAAUUUCAGCGGGUCGAUACCAUCUAGUAUUGGAAGUGUCUCCAAUAUCUAUUCCUUGGACUUGAGUAACAAUGUAUUGGAGGACAUCAUUCCAGUGGAGAUUGGAAAUUUGACAGAGCUUCAAUACAUUAGUUUGUACAACAACAAUCUCAAAGGUCAAGUUCCACAUCAAAUUGGGAAGCUUCAAAAGGUACAACACAUGGAUUUUGGAUCAAACUACUUGAUGAGUCCCCAGUGGUCUCAAAUCACAAGCUUCCCUUUGUUGACACAUCUCAGCUUUGGUUACAACGAAAUCACCUCAGGAUUUCCAGAUUUUAUACUUGGUUGCUGGAACCUUACUUAUCUUGAUUUGUCUCAAAACCACUUGAACGGACCAAUUCCCGAAUCAUUAUUCGUUAAUCUAGGCAAGCUUGAAUAUCUGAACCUUUCUACCAAUUCCUUUCUAGGGCCAUUAUCAUCAAAUCUUACCAAACUGUCAAAGUUGAAAAAUCUUCGAUUAGCAACCAACAAACAUUCUGGCUUAGUACCUGAUAUUUUCAACUCUAUGCCUAAUCUCGAAAUUCUUGAGCUGUUUAACAAUUCAUUUCAAGGAAAGAUACCCUCUUCUUUAGGACAACUAAAGAAUUUACAGAAACUAGAUUUGCGAAUGAAUGACCUGAAUUCCACAAUUCCUUCCGAGCUUGGCUGGUGCACCAACCUUACCUAUUUGUCUUUUGCCAGUAAUUCACUUACUGAAUCCUUGCCUUUGUCCUUGUCGAAUCUGACCAAGUUGAGAGAGUUGGGUUUAUCAGAUAAUAAUCUAUCUGGUGAUGUUUCACCUUACUUCAUCUCAAAUUGGACACAACUAAUAUCAUUGCAGCUUCAAAAUAAUCUUUUCACCGGGGAAAUUCCAUCUGAAAUAGGCUUACUGAUGGAUCUCAAAUAUCUUUUUCUAUACAACAAUACUUUUUCAGGCUCCAUCCCUCCUGAGAUUGGAAACCUGAAAAAUUUGAUGUCGAUGGACCUUUCAAGAAACCGGCUUUCAGGCAUAAUACCUCAAACGAUCAAGAACCUAACAAAUUUACAGAUCCUGCAACUUUUCUCCAACAGUCUUACUGGAACUGUUCCACCUAAGAUUGGAGACUUAACAUUACUAGAGAAGCUUGAUGUAAACACAAACCAAUUAAGUGGGCAGUUGCCAGAUUCCAUCUCAAACCUCAGUGCCCUGCAAACUCUUUUCCUGUUCUCUAAUGAAUUUUCAGGAAUCAUUCCCAACGACUUGGGAAAGAAUAGUCCCAAAUUGGCAAAUGUUAGUUUUUCAAAUAAUAGCUUCACAGGUGAACUACCAUCUGGAUUAUGCAGUGGCUUUCUUCUCAAUCAAUUUACAGUGAAUAACAACAGUUUUACUGGAAGGUUACCCGGUUGCCUGAAGAAUUGCUCAAGCCUUAAUAGAGUACGGCUUGAAGGCAACCGAUUUUCUGGGAAUAUUUCAGAGGCAUUUGGAGUUCAUCCGAAUCUCGAGUUCAUCUCUCUCAGCAGAAAUCAAUUCACAGGCCAACUUUCCACUAAGUGGGGACAAUAUGAAAGGCUUACAAAUCUUCAGAUGGAUCAAAAUAAAAUUUCUGGGGUGAUUCCAGCUGAGAUAGGCAAUUUAACACAGUUGCGUGUCCUAAAUCUGGAUUCGAAUGAAUUGAUAGGUGAAAUUCCUGUUGGACUGGGAAAUUUAAAUGAAUUGCUCAAUCUCAAUCUCAGCAACAAUCAAUUGACUGGAGAGAUUCCUCGAACUAUUGGACGCUUAACAAAGCUCCAGUAUCUUGAUUUGUCAGCAAACAAAAUAAAAGGAGGUAUUUUGGAAGAUCUAGGCAAUUGUGAGAGCUUGCAGUUCUUGAACUUGAGCAACAACAUUUUAUCAGGGAAUAUCCCGUCAGAACUUGGUAACUUAAAUGGGUUACGGUACUUAUUGGACCUUAGUAAUAAUUCACUUUCAGGAACAAUUCCUCCAAACUUGGGAAAGCUUACCUCUUUGGAGAAUCUGAACCUGUCACAUAACAAGAUUUCAGGUAGAAUCCCAUCAGCAUUAUCUGCUAUGGUCAGUUUGAGAUUCAUGGAUUUCUCCUUCAAUUACUUUUCGGGUCCAAUCCCGACUAGUGAUUCAUUCAGGAAAGCACCAGCAGAAGCUUUCAUAGAGAACUCUGGUCUGUGUGGAAAUGGAAACGGGUUAUCUCCUUGUGAUGAGGUCUCUUCAACUUCCAGGUCACAGAAUAAUGAUCGAAAACUCCAUAUAGCUGUAAUUGUUUCAGUUGUCAGCCUCAUAAUUUUGGCAAUCACUAUUGUUGGAUGUUUCAUCUUUCGGUCAAAGACCAAUCCAAUUAACGAUGAAACAAAAACUGCACCAGAAUUUGAGAAUUUGGAAUCUCUCAUUUGGGAAAGAGAAGGAAAAUUUACAAUUGGAGAUAUUGUCAAAGCAACUGAAGAUUUUAGUGCUAAAUACUGCAUUGGAAGUUGAGGAUUUGGAAGUGUUUAUAGAGCAGUUUUGACAACUGGGCAGAUUGUAGCAGUUAAAAAGCUCAACCUGUCAGACUCAAGUGAUGUACAGAUGGCAAAUUGUCAGAGUUUUGAGAAUGAGAUUCGAACAUUGACAGAAAUACGGCAUCGGAACAUAAUCAAGCUCUAUGGAUUUUGUUCCAGAAAAGGGUUCAUGUAUUUGGUUUACGAGUAUAUAGAAAAGGGUAGCUUGGGGAAAAUUUUACAUGAUGAUAUGGAGGCAUUCGAACUAGGCUGGGGUAUGAGGCUGAAAAUAGUCCAAGGAGUGGCUCAUGCACUGGCUUACUUGCAUCACGACUGCUCUCCGCCUAUUGUCCACCGGGAUGUAUCAGUCAACAAUAUUCUACUUGAGUCAGAAUUUGAGCCACGGCUCUCAGAUUUUGGCACGGCAAAGCUACUGGUUUCGGAUUCAUCCAAUUGGACCACAGUUGCUGGUUCUUAUGGCUACAUGGCACCUGAGCUAGCACUUACAAUGAAGGUUACAGAGAAAUGUGAUGUUUACAGCUUCGGAGUGGUGGCAUUGGAAGUAAUGAUGGGACGGCACCCAGGAGAGUUCAUAUCUUCGCUUUCAUCCUCAACAACAACAGCAGCAUUGCAAAGUAAUCCCGAUUUGUUUUUGAAAGAUCUGCUCGACCAACGGCUUUCACCUCCUACUGGCCAAAUAGCAGACGGAGUGGUGUUUUUAGUAACCAUUGUAUUAGCAUGCACACAGGCCUCACCAGAGUCGCGGCCUACUAUGCGUUAUGUUGCACAAGAAUUGUCAGCUAAGACUCAGGCUUGAUGCACUGUAUCAUAUACCAGGAUAUGGGGAUAUAAAUAUGCAACAACAUUAUCCUUUAGCUUCACACAUACCAUAUCACAUACUGAAAAUGGAUGCAUUCGUUUUAGCCAUUUUCGAUAUCAUAAUUGAUAAUAAAGCAAUUGAUGCUGAUGAUCUGAUUCUAUUUAGAAAAUAUGAAGCAGAUAGAAAAUUAUAGAAUUAUGAACAUGGAUCAAUUAUUAA